AUGCGAGCCAAUUGGGCACACAGCAUUUCUUUGUCGGUCGCAUACGCGUUGAUCAUUCAUCAGGGUCAGAAAUGGAUGCUGUCCCGGCCUCCGCUCCUACUUAACCGGUCGCUGAUGAUGUGGAACAUCUUACUGGCGUUGUUCAGCAUCAUCGGUGUCGCACGCAUGACCCCUGAGUUCAUCUACGUGCUGCGGAAGUACGGUUUUCAGUACAGUAUGUGCAACGCCAGCUAUGCGCAAGGAGUUACCGGAUUUUGGACCGAGAUGUUCGCCAUAUCUAAGGCAUUAGAACUAGGUGAUACAAUUUUCAUAAUACUGCGAAAACGGCCGCUGAUCUUCUUGCACUGGUACCACCACAUCACGGUAUUGGUGUACACUUGGCACGCGUACAAGGAUCAUACCGCGGCCGGUCGAUGGUUCAUCUGGAUGAACUAUUUUGUCCAUUCGUUCAUGUAUUCUUAUUACGCGGCUCGUUCGAUGCGCAUACGUCCACCGAAGUCGAUCGCCAUGUGCGUCACCAUACUGCAGCUCCUGCAAAUGGUCAUGGGUUGUUUCAUCUCGAUCAAGGCGCACCAUAUAAAAUCUGCCGGUGGCUCUUGCCAGCAGACGUUCGAAAACCUUUAUUUUUCGUUCAUGAUAUACUUUUCCUAUUUUCUACUGUUCUCUCACUUUUUCUACCAAGCCUACCUGCGUCGAGGUAAUCGCUACGCCGUCGGCAAGUACGAGUCCGGAUCGGUGAUCAUCGCCUCGGACAAGACCGAAUAA